AUGCAGCCGAUCUUCGAUGCGGUCCUUGGAAACGACGUUCCAGCUUUUAUGGGUUUGGUGGAAGAGAGAGAAUCGUGGCUGGAGGAGAGAAGCAUGGACCAACACAGCAACACGGUGUUGCACAUGGCUGCGAAGCACGGACAUGGAGAACUCGUCUCGACGAUUAUUGAGCUCCGACCAUCCCUUGUCUAUUCCCGCAACGCAAACGGCGAUACACCUUUGCAUAUCGCUGCUCUCCUUGGAGACGUCAACAUAGUUACGACCCUGUUAGACUGUGAAUGGAAAACCUGUUCUGCACGAAACAACAACAACCAAACACCUCUCCACUUAGCUUGCCGCAGCAUUUCCAUCGAGGCUGCAAGACUCGUUGCCGAAGAGACUGAUUCAGUUGGCCUCGAUGAACUCAACUUCGCCAUAUCAAGUGGAUCCACUUAUAUUGCAGGGAUUAUACUAAAGAGAUUCCCAUACCUAGCUAGGGAACAAGCUUGGGCGGUCGAAGGCAGCUCGCUAUCAACGCUAUUGCAUCAUGCGUGUGAUAGAGGAGACCUUGAACUGACAAGUAUAUUGUUAGGUCUCGAUCAAAGACUAGAAAAAGCUUUCAACACCGACGGUUUAUCUCCUUUGCAUGUGGCAGUCCUGAGAGGCUCGGUUUUAAUCUUGGAGGAGUUCCUGGAAAAGGCUCCAUCGUCUUUUGGCUCUCUCACGCUGUCAAAAGAGUCAGUCUUUCAUCUCGCUGCAAGAAACAAAAACACAGAUGCCUUUGUUUUUAUGGCAGAGAGUGUGGGCAUUAACAGCCAAACCAUUCUGCAGCAAACAGAUCAAAAUGGCAACACUGUCUUACAUAUUGCUGCCUCCAUGGUUUGUGGUGCUCCGCUGAUACGCUACAUUGUUGGUAAGAAGAUAGUUGAUAUCAACUAUAAGAACAAGAUGGGUUUGACAGCUUGUGACCUUCUCCCUCAAGAAGCUGAAGACUUUGAGUUGUUAUCAACCUGGCUGAGGAUCAAUACCGAGCUGGAUUCUGAUCAGAAAAAUGAAGUACACGAUGGCCGCCACUCUAAUCCAUUCCAUAAACGAUCUCUGGAGCGCGUUAAACCUUUCGAUAUCUCCGGAAGCUCUACCAAGCUGGAUUCUGAUCAGAACAAUGAAGUACACGAUGGCCGCCACCCUAAUCGAUUCCAUAAACGAUCUCUGGAACGCGUUAAAUCUUUAGAUAUCUCCGGAAGCUCUAAAGAGAAGGAGGUGAUACGGUUGCUUAGGCUAAUCGAAACGAGCACAUCAGAGACAGCACAGAUAAAACAAAGCAAGAAAAGGGCAGCGGACAGAGUUCGUUUGAGCUUGGAAUCUGAGAUGUAUAUAGAAGCAUUACAAAAUGCAAGAAAUACGAUAGCGAUAGUGGCAGUCCUUAUUGCUUCAGUUGCUUAUGCCGGCGGAAUAAACCCUCCGGGCGGCGUUUACCAAGACGGGCCAUGCAAAGGAAAAUCGACUGUAGGCAAAACAACAGCCUUUAAAGUCUUUGCAAUAUGCAACAACAUUGCACUGUUCACGGCGUUGUGCAUUGUUAUUUUGCUCGUUAGCAUCAUACCUUACAAGAGGAAACCGUUAAAGGGAUUACUGGUGGCCACGCACAAGAUGAUGUGGGUUUCUGUAGGGUUCAUGGCAACGGCUUAUGUUGCAGCGUCUUGGGUGACCAUACCGCAUUCCCACGGAACAAGAUGGUUGUUUCCCGCCAUUGUCUCCAUUGCUGGUGGAUCGUUGAUGCUACUCUUUUCCUAUCUUGGAGUUGAGACCAUCGGUCAUUGGUUUAAGAAGAUGAAACGUGUAGGAGAUUUACCGGUUUAUCUUAUCAGAAAAAAGUGUGUAGGAGAUAUACCUCCCGUUGCAAGGACUAGCUCAGACCAUCUUGCCGCCUCCAGAGUAAAUAAAAGUGAAGGAAAGAUGCCUUCCUUAGCAAGGACCAUCUCAGAUUUGGCCGCCUCCAGAAAUUCAGGCUAUUUCACCUAUUGA